AGAAGAUGGCGUGGGAUCCACCCCUGCAGCAUCCUUUCUCCUGGGCAAGGUCCUCCUCCCUCUUCUUGUCCUGCUCAAGAGCUGCUGUGGCACAGUUAAUCGAGGCCACCACAGCACCCCCAAAAAAGAAACCAGACCCUGUGACUUCGGAGACGGUGGUGAUCUGGGGGCUGCGGCUCUGGCAGGUGGUUGGUAUCUUUGCCAUCUUUGUCCUGGCAGUCAUUAUCACCCUGUGCUGCAUCUUCAAGUGCCGGAUCCCCCGCACCAGGAAGGAGAUCGAGGCGCGCUACGCCCAGCGGCAGGCGGCCAAGAACUACGCAGACAAGCUGGACACGGUGCCACCGCUCAACGAGCUGACUGAGAUCCCUGGAGCUCAGUCUGCAGAAGAAAAAAAGGAAGAGGUUCCCACUGUGUCUGGAAAAGUGGACAAGGCUCAGGGUAAGAAAGAUGGAGCCAAGGAUUCCAAAAAGAAGGAUGGUGAAAAAGACCAGAAAGAAGAAUCCAAGAAAGAAGGGAAGGAUGGGGCCAAAAAGAAGGAAGGGGAAAAGGGAGAAAAAGGAGAAAAGGAGGAGAAGGGAGAAAAAGAUGACAAGAAGCAAGGUGCUGGGAAGAAAGGUGAAAAAGAAGGUGAAGCAUCAAAGUCAGGAGGAGGCAGCAAAAGCAAUGGCAAGGCUGGCGGGAAUGCCAAAGCCCCAGCAAAGAAGAAGUGACCUUGCUAAGAGACAGUGCUGGAAGUCUUUUGGGGAGGGACAAUGUCAAAUCCCUGUGGGAAGAGCACUGGGAGCAGACAGGAGAUGCUGCCUCCAUCUUCUCAGGCUGCUGAGUGCCACUGGAUGUGUGCAUUUGUUACCUUCUGAAGACCAAGUCACUGCUGUUUGGCCACCAGAGAAAGACCUGGCCACAGCUAACACUGUGCAGAGCUGCAUGACAGCAA